GUGCGGGGAGAAGACGGCAACCAAGCGACAGGGCAGUCGACUGCGAAUGGCGGGGUCUGCAUGGGAAAGAGAAAGGGGACAGUUCGGUUCUGGGAUUGAUUAUUGUGGAUUGCUGACUGUGGAGGAGCAGCCAGGGUGAUAGAGCCAGGUCCCAUGCGGCAAUUGGCCAGGAGCUGACAUAACCAGGUGAGGAGAGCGGUGCAGGAGAGAGUGGUGGUGAAGGCAGAGGUGGUAAGAGAGUGAAAAGAUGGUUGUGGUGGUGUUGAAGGGAUAUCGGGUCGAAUUUGAACUCGGUCACACUUUUCCCGAAUCCGUCCACCGUCCACCGUCCACCGUCCACCGUCCACCGCAGUCACGCGUCAAGGACGGGCGCACGUUGGCACUCUUUCUUUCCUUUCUUUUUCAUGGAGAUUCGAUGGCGAUUACUCUUGUCCUGGUCUGCUAUUUCUGUGUGUAUUCCAUUUCUAGUGUGCGAAUGGAGUCGACGGCGCCGGCAAGCGUUGGAAGAGUCGAAGAAGCAGUUGGCUGUGACCACCAAGGAUGUAUGUACUCACAAUACCCAAGGUCCCCCAGUGCCCAUGCCAGGUAUUAUCGCGCCAAUGAUAAGGUUAAACUAUCUACAAACCUUCAGAGAGAGUUUGGGAACGGGGACUCUGUGGGGAAGCCCUUCUAGAAGCGCUUUAGAAGCCCGUCCCCUGAGACCCUGACUCGUUCUGUUCUUUUUUCUUCACAUUUUUAUUUAUACCUUUGUUUUCCCUAAAUACUCCCCCUUUUUUCCCUUUCCUUUUCUUCCUCCCUCCUCUC